CCAUCGCCGGUCGGAGCUGCUGCGGACGCGGGGCGGAGCGCGGGAGGAUUCACCGGCCGCAGCAACCACGGAACGCUCCCAGAGCCCGGCUCGGCCUCCUCAGCACGGCCCGGACCUUCCCGACCCCGGCCCGCCCCAGGAGCCCGACCCGGCCCGGGUCCCAGAGCACGGCCCAGCCCCUGGAGCCCGGCCCUGCCUCCCCUCAGCACGGCCUGGCCUCCCCAGAGCUCGGCCCUCCCCUCAGCUUGGCCCGGCCCGGCCCUGCCCUCAGCCCGGCCCGGCCCUGCCCUCAGCCCGGCCCUGUUUCUAUUCCACUCAGCCCGGCCCUGCCCUCAGCCCGGCCCUGUUUCUAUUCCACUCAGCCCGGCCCUCCCCUCAGCCCGGCCCUGUUUCCCCUCCCCUCAGCCCGGCCCUCCCCUCAGCCCGGCCCUGUUUCUAUUCCCCUCAGCCCGGCCCUGCCCUCAGCCCGGCCCUGUUUCUAUUCCCCUCAGCCCGGCCCUCCCCUCAGCCCGGCCAUGCCUCCCCUCAGCCCGGCCCUGUUUCCCCUCCCCUCAGCCCGGCCCUGUUUCCCCUCCCCUCAGCCCGGCCCUGUUUCCCCUCCCCUCCCCUCAGCCCGGCCCGGCCCCGUUCCGGUCCCGCCCCGCGGCUGCGCGGCCGGGCCGGCGGAGCGGCGAGAUGGUGCCCGAGCUGGAGAAAGCUACGGUCCGGAUCCGGCAGCCCGAGCGUGUGCGGGGCAUCAUCCGGUCUCUGCGGGAGCAGGGGGUGGCCAGACUGCAGGUCAUUUCUGACUUUGACAUGACCCUGAGCAGGUUUGGUUGCAAUGGCAGGCGCUGCCCCACGUCUCACAAUAUCCUUGAUACCAGCCGUGUUAUCAGCGAGGAUGGCAAGAAGAAGCUGAAGGAUCUGCUCCACUAUUACUAUCCCAUUGAAAUAGAUCCCAACCGAACCCUGGAAGAGAAACGUCCCCUCAUGGUGGAGUGGUGGACCAAGGCUCAUGAGCUGCUGGUGCAGCAGAAGAUCCACAAGGAUGACAUAGCCCAGAUCGUCAGAGAGUCAGAAGCCAUGCUCAGGGAUGGCUUCAAGGAGUUCUUUGAUCAGCUGCACAAGAACAAUGUCCCCUUGUUCAUCUUCUCUGCUGGUGUUGGUGAUAUCCUGGAAGAGAUUAUCCGUCAGGCCAACGUCUUCUACUCCAAUGUCAACGUGGUGUCCAACUACAUGGACUUCAAUGAUGAUGGAGUCCUCACACACUUCAAGGGACCCCUCAUCCACACCUACAACAAGAACAACAGCGUGCUGCAGGGCACAGGGUACUUCCAGCAGCUGAGCACAAGGACAAGCAUCAUCCUGCUGGGGGACUCCAUGGGUGACCUGACGAUGGCAGACGGUGUUCCCAGCGUGGAGAACAUCCUCAAGAUUGGCUUUCUCAAUGACAAGGUGGAGGAGCGGAGGGGGAAGUACCUGGAUUCCUAUGACAUCGUGCUGGAGAGUGACGAGACGCUGGACGUGGUGAACGGGAUCCUGCGCUACAUCCUGGCUGAGACAUGAGCUGGGGACAAGGUGUCCCAGCUGCAGCACACAGCAGGCACUGGGCAGGGAAUGCCCCACCUGGGACAGAGCUGGAGGGGACUGCUGGUACUGGCUGGGCUCCAUCCCAACCUCACUAAUGCCCUCAGCCAGCCCUGGAGCAGGAGAGGUGAGAUGGAGGAAGUUUCUCCUUUCCCUUUUCCCCAACUCUGCCUGGCUCUGCAGUUUCCCACCAGGAGUGACUCUAUCCUGCUCAGACUUCAUCCCACUGGUAAUUCACUCUUGCCACCUCCUGAGGCCACAACAAACCAUUCCAUGUUUCAGACAGAGAUGUUCUGCACUUGCUUCAGCAGCUGAGGGUGGAAUGGAGAUAGUUUACUGUGGGCUGAGGACAGACCUGGUUUAAAUGUGUCACUGUGUUCCUGGCUAAGAAAACAAGUCUCUCUCUCGUCCUGUGUCCUGUGAGCUUCAAAGCUCCUGGGUUGACUCUGGUGCCAGUGCAGCUGCUGGGCUGGUGUGGCCCUGCUGGCCAUCACAUCACCCAGCCCCAUAUUCCCCAUGUAAACCAGCAGCUCUCUGGCCUCAUGUCUCAGCUCAUCUGUCGUCCUUGCACCAGCACAGCUCUUAUUGUGGAAAAAAAACUUUUUCCAGCCGUCCCUGAAUGCCUCAGAGCUCAGCUGCUGCUGCUGCCCAAAGUCAGAAGUAAGUUUAUCUGCCAGGGAUCAGAGGAGGAGGGGUGGGGGUGGGGGAGAAGAGGCCAAUGGCAGAAUUUUGAGUUUUAAGCAAUGUUUUACCUGACCAUGUUUGUGUACUAAAUUUCUGGGCUGAUCCUGGUCUCUCAGAGCAGGAAUAGGAAAAGACCAUUUUAUUGCUGUAUAUCCUGUGGUUAUGAGGGACUUUGGGAAGAGCAGAUUUGUUCUCUGCUUUGGAAUAAAAACAUAAUUGGCUAAA